GGAGUGAUAAGGACGUAAACGUCAAAAACGAAUUUAAUGUAUUUAUAAAUCUUAAUUACAACCUACAUAAUUUGUAAACGAGUUUCAUAAGAUUGUAAAGAACUGGUGUAAACAUUAUGAAGGAUUAUCACUACGACAGGAUGCCUUCAGCAGCGCCCCCAGCAGAAAAUGGCGCGCCGCGCAGCGAACUUGAGCAAUUGCAGUUACGAGCCGGCCAGGUCACGGAUGAAUCCCUGGAGUCGACCCGGCGUAUGAUGCAACUAUGCGAAGAGAGCAAGGAGGCCGGCAUUCGUACUCUGGUCGCUCUAGACGACCAGGGAGAACAACUGGACAGAAUCGAGGAGGGUAUGGAUCAAAUUAACGCUGACAUGCGUGAGGCUGAGAAGAAUCUCUCGGGGAUGGAGAAAUGUUGUGGCAUUUGCGUUCUACCUUGCAACAAGGGGGCGUCAUUCAAGGAAGAUGAUGGUACAUGGAAAGGGAACGAUGAUGGUAAGGUGGUGAACAACCAGCCACAGCGUGUUAUGGACGAGCGGAACGGCAUCGGACCACAAGCUGGUUAUAUUGGCAGGAUAACAAACGACGCUCGCGAAGACGAGAUGGAGGAGAACAUGGGCCAGGUGAACACCAUGAUCGGUAACUUACGUAACAUGGCCAUUGACAUGGGCUCCGAGCUGGAGAACCAGAAUAGACAGAUCGAUCGUAUCAACCGCAAGGGCGAAUCGAACGAAACGAGGAUAACGCUCGCCAACCAGCGCGCACACGAGCUCCUCAAGUAAACGACGGCAGCACACACACAUACACACACCCACACAGACACACUAGUCUCGUGGUUCGGCCGGUUGCUUCUAAACACAUUGACUUACAUUCGUAUAUGGAAUGUGAUUUUAUUUUUUAUAUAAAACCUUUUUUAUUUAUUUGUAACUAGGAUUUUACUUUUUAUGAUGUUUAUUGGCCAGUUCUAACAUUUAAGUUUUUUUUUUUGUAUUUUAGCAACCGGCCAUAUUACCAGUAUUCGAUUAGCGUUACUCUCUGUAACUUAAAAGUAUAUAAUAAAAACAUUGACCUAUCCGUUAUUGUGUAAACGCUCAACGUUAAACAUUUCAAUGGGUUCGGUGCUCGUUUCAGACCAAGUAUGAAAAAAAAAAUCAUAUAUCCCGUAGUUUGAUAGAAGGUUGACUAAUGAGAUUUUUUGUUUAUUUUGUGAAGAUGCAUUUACCUGUUGUUACUAAAAAAAAAAAUAUAAUAUUAGAACGAAAAAAGCUAUAUAAGCAUGUGUUAAUAGUAACCUGUAUUCUGUAAUGUUCGCGUUUUAUUCUUAUCUUAUAUAAAUAUAAGUUAAAUUAAGGUUAGAGGAUGAGUGAAAUGUGAUAAUAGCUACGAUAAUGUUAGGUAUGUGUUUGUCUCAUUUUAAAUGUUUCAUAGGAGCAUUUAUGAUUUUUUUCUAAUUUUUUUUUUUUUUUGCGUAACACCAUCAUGUAAUGCCAAAAAAUCUGUGGGUUAAGUAUAAAAAAAAUAGGUUACUUAGAAUUCAGGCAUGUUAAUAUAGAGUGAAAGUUGGCUAACAAACAUUAAUUUGAUGAUCAAGCCCACAGAAUUUUCUUGAUUUUUUUAAUAAAAAAUAAAGUUAUGAUUGCUAAGUAAUUAAGUUUUUAUUUAUUUUCAACUCGUUGAAUUCAAUGCUAUAAAAAUUAAAAAAAAAAUAUAUAAGCAUAUCCCUAAAACAUAUCUGCUUCUAUGAACAUGUAACACUCAAUAAUUUUAACUUAAAUAUUACUUGAUUUUUUUUUUAUUUCAAUAUUCUCUUAUGUUUUGCUAUAUAUUUUUUAUUUAUUUAUUAAUUUAUUUUGUAAAUGUGAAAGAAGCAUCGAUACUUUAAGUAAUAAAUGAAUACUGCGUAAAUUUUUUUUCUAUGGCGUUUUCUUAAUUAGGCACCAAGUAACCUCGUGAAAGAUAAGUGAGUAGAGAUUAAUUUAUAUAUAUAUAUAUAUAUAUAAUAUUAGACCGCGCUAUAUACAUUAUACAUACAUAUUAAAAUCUUUCAUGAAUUUACCAAAUUCUUUGCAACUAUAUCACCUUAACCACGAGACACACAAACACACAUACAAAACAGCCCUCCGACGUCACGAGGUGAGAGUAAUGAAACACGCAUUGCGGUCGCGAACCAGCGAGCGAAUAAGCUGCUUAAAUCUUAAACGUCGGACACAAGCCAGAGGAAUGUAAACACAAAAUUUUAUUGCCAUAUUUAAAAAAUGUAUAUUAUAUAUAUAAUUUUUAUUUUUAAACAUGGCAACAUUUAAUGGUGUCAUUCAAUUGAUUUUGACCGCGUUUUUGUGACGUCGAUUGAUUAUUACUAUGAUAUAUAUAUAUAUAAUUAUUUGACAAUGUCGUAACGAUAUAAUAUUUUUUAUAGUGGCAAGAUAAUUUUGUGUUACCUUUGUAUGGAUAGUAAUAAAUUUAGGUAUGGUGGUUUAGAGAAGAUAUUUUAUGAUGCAAUAAUGUAACGUCAAUGAAUAUUUAUAUCAUGAAAUGUCAACGCUUUUCAUUUAAUAAAUUCUAUCUCAGCUUCGACGUCAUAGAAACCUCUAACAAUCUAUCAGAGAGGGCACAGUAUGAGUUCACAGCACUACCUUUUAAUUUCAACUAUGUGCCAAAUUUAAUUUUUGCUAAAAUAUAAUGUUAAACACCGAAAUUCCCGAUAAAGGUAUAUUGAAACGUUUACAAUAAAUUAUGUACCAAUCUAGCUCAAAGUAUAGUACACAUAUUCUAUAGAAAAUAUAUAUAGAUCUUCGGCAUUUAUGCUGAUAUUUUCUUGAGCCGCAUUUAAUAGCAGUACCUUUACAAUGAGUUCGCUUAGUCAAACUAUACACGGUCAGUUUAAAGUUAUUGAUUAGUAAAUACUAAAAACUGUGUGUGUGUAGUUUGUUUAUGCAAACUAAUGGUAAGGCUACAAAUAAAUUAGACUUAGAGUUGUAACGAAAUAUAGUGAUAUUAUAGUAAUGUUUUAAAUUUAAAACACACUGAGAUUUAAAUUAUUACUUUCGAGAUGCUUUCACGUUUAGGUUUAAGAUUGUGGUGCCUAAAUUAUAUUUUUUGAUAUAUUCCUAUGUAAUCUGUGCCGUGACUUUAUUUUUAUUUUAUUUUUAAUUUUUAGUUUUAAAUAUUUAUUAUUAUAUUAGUUUAUUUAAGGUGAUAUUUCGAUUUACAUUAUUCGUGUUACGUAUUAAAUAAACAAUAAUGUGAUUAAAUUCAUACGCAAUAGUAUAUUUGAUAGUUGAAUUAUUAAAAAAAAAAAAUUAUUACUUAAAGUAUAUUGUUCUAUGGCUGUCAGUCGUGUUUUGUUAGAUUGGGAGUUAAAUUAGAUUGUAUGAAUUGGUAUAAAGAAAAGACCGCUGACAGCUGAUUGUACCGGCCUUAGGAGUAAAGUAUAUAGGGUUGUUAAAGGCAUUGGCUUGCAUACACGUGACAGGGGGUCGCUGAUACACUUUCAACCUUAUUAUAUCUUGGUAAGGUACGUUUUGAAAUAACAAGCGACCCUCCGUACGUGCGUUAGCGUUAAGAGUUUUCAAAAUUUCUCUGUCUCUCUAUCAUUAGUUUAAGUAGCGUGUUUUUGACAGCACGUUUUUCUUCUAAGAAAUUAUUUGAAAAAAAAUAAUAAUAACGAUUAUAAAUAAUAAACGUAUUUUAAUAUACCCUGUGUUGUAAGUUCAAUUUAAUCUAUAGUGUAUUUACUGCGCAAAUGUAAUCCUUUAUAUUCAGCCUAAUAUCUACAGUACAUAGAUAAUAUAUAUUUUCAUUAAGAAUAUAAUAGUUGGUAUUAAAGUGUUAAUUUCUAAUUAAAUUAUCGAUUUGUUAAAUUACCUUAA